ACCCACACUGCCAUUUCCGUUGUAGCCACGUUCCACAUUUAUUUCUUAGUAUAUUCAAAAUUGUUUCAUUUUCAACCUAUGUCCAUGUCUCACUUAUAUAAACGCAACAAGUACCCAUGUAUCACACCCUUGUUUCCUCUCUUUUGACUGUUAGAAAUGGCCUUUGCAAGUGUUGUGCCUCUUGUUGCACUUCUUCUUCUUCAUCCCCUUUUAGCUACAAGUGACCUCCUCUCACCUAUUCUUUCACCCAUCUUUGAUGAUGUCUGCAAAGAAGUGGAAUGUGGAAAAGGAACAUGCAAAGCCUCUAAGAACAGCACUUUCUUCUUUGAAUGCGAGUGUGAUCAGGGUUGGAAGCAAUCUCUUUCCAAGGAUGAGGAUGGCUUGACCUUUCUCCCUUGCAUAGUUCCCAAUUGCACAUUGGACUACUCUUGCUCCAAAGCCCCUGCCCCUAUUCAAGAAAAAGCAGCAAAAUCCAAUGAGUCGAUCUUUGAUGCUUGCCAUUGGAUUGAUUGUGGCGGUGGCUCAUGUAACAAGACAUCCAUGUUCUCCUAUAAGUGUGAAUGUGAUGCUGGCUAUUACAACAUCCUUAAUGUCACUGCCUUCCCUUGCUUCAAAGAAUGUUCUCUUGGCAUGGGUUGCUCUGAACUUGGAAUAUCAAUGAGCAACUCAUCUACAUCUGCACCACCAUCAUUGAAUGACGACAGUAAGAAUGAGGCUAGCUCGAUUCUACAUGGAAGUUCACUUUGGCUGGUCAUGGUGAUUAUGUUCAUGGCAAAGCUACUGUUGCAAUAGGAUAGUUGCUAGAUGGUUUUAGCAGUAUCUCAUUCUGUUUAUUAAUUUGAUGAGGUGGUGAUCAUAUAAAUAAGGGAUCAAGGUUUAAUCACAUCACAGUUUUAAUUAUUAUAGGUAUCUAGUACACGAGAGAUCAUGGUUCAAUUUCCUUGUUAUUUUUUGCCCUUUCUUUUUUUCAUUCUUCUUUGUACAAUUAUUCCAGAACAUAUCUUAAUGUCAUGAUUGAGGGGCUUCUAACUUUUUGUACUUCCCAAAGUGCCUUCAAUUUAUUUGUUUCGUUUUAUUUUCAUGCAACUUGCCGUGGUUAAUGUAAAGUUCCAUCUUCUUUGU